CCUGAACAGAGCACGAAGGCAGCAAUUUUGUAUAGGAUUGGCAGCAUGGAACUUAAUUAUGUUCGGAAAGAUCACUCAAGCUGUCAUUGACUGGCAUCAAAUAUUUAAAACCUCCACAUCAGACAAGUGUGCUCUGAAGUAGAAGUUGGCUAAACUUGCUUGCAAGUUGUGCCCCGAGAGCGUGUCUGCAGCUGGACCUCUAUCGUUUUUCCGCGAGCCUGCUGGUCGUGAUGUUGUCUUUGGUCCUCUUCCCAACGCAGCCCAAAGGCCGCAAAGUGGUGCAGCAGGAAGAAGAGAUGCAAGCACUCGUGCAGAGGCUGCGGGAAAUAAGAUAUUCCCGCAAGCGAGAGCUUCACAGGUUGAGAAGCGUGGAAGCAGACCUCUGCCACAGGUUGGACGAGCCUGUAUUUGUGUUCGGCAACGGGGGCUCUGUACCUUCGCAACAGGAGCUGCACGAGCUGCAGGAACAUCUGCAUGCUCUCGAACAGAAAAAGUUGAAAAAGCUGGAAAAUGCACGCCAUGAAGAGAUUGCUACCCUAAUGGAACAGCUUAACAUUUUCUAUGAUCGGCUUGAUGUGCCCGAAGAACAACAGCUCGGGCAUCCCACUAGCCUCACUACGGAAGUAGUUGACACGCUGAAACAGGAACUCGCAAGGUUAAAGGAUCUGAAGAGGCAGAGGCUGUAGGAUUUUGUGGGACGCACGCAUGAUGAGCUCCUUUUGUGGCGUCAAAAGUGUUACGUGCCACAGAUGCUUGAAGAGCCGGACGACCAGGCAGCCCGAAGGCCGCACAGUGGUGCAGCAGGAAGAAGAGAUGCAAGCACUCGUGCAGAGGCUGCGGGAAAUAAGAUAUUCCCGCAAGCGAGAGCUUCACAGGUUGAGAAGCGUGGAAGCAGACCUCUGCCACAGGUUGGACGAGCCUGUAUUUGUGUUCGGCAACGGGGGCUCUGUACCAUCGCAACAGGAGCUGCACGAGCUGCAGGAACAUCUGCAUGCUCUCGAACAGA